AUGAGGGGGGGGGAUUUUAUUGGGGGGGUGGUGUGGUGGUUUGGAGUGUUUUUUUGUAGGGGUUGUGGGGGGGGGGGGUUUAUUUAUGGGGUGGGGGGGGGGUGGGGUGGUUGGGGGGGGGGGGGGUGGUGUGGGGGUAGGUGUAUGGGGGGGGGGGUGGGGGGGGGUGGGGGGUGUUUGGGGUGUGUGUGGGGGGGGGUGGGGGGGGGGGGUGUGGUGGGUGGGUGGGGUGUGGGUGUGGGGGUUGGGGUUGGGGGUUGUUUGAUUAGGGUGGGGGGGGGGUGGUGGUUGGUUUUUGGUGGUUGUGUGUGGGGGGGGGGGGGGUGGGUUUGGGGUUGGGUUUUUGGGGGGGUUGGUGGGGUUGGUGGGUUUGGGUUGGUUUUGGGGGGGGGUGGGGGGUGGGUUGGUUGGGUGUGUGGUGGGGGGGGGUGGGUGGGUUGGGGGUGUUGUGUGGGUGGGGUGGGGGUGGGUUGGGUUGGUGUUUGUGGGGGGGGGGGGGUGUGGUUGGUUGGUGUGUGGGGGGAUGGGGGGGGUGGGGAUGGUUGGGUUGUGUUGGGGGGGGGGGGUUGGGUUGGUUGGUUGUGUGGGGGUGGGGUGGGGUGGGUUGGUUGGGUUUGUUUGGGGGGGUGGGUGGUGGUGUUUGUUGGGUGUUUGGGGGGGGGGGGGGGUUUUUUUGGGGGUAGGUUUUUGUGGGGGGGGGGGGUGGGUGGGUUUGUUUGUUUUUGUGUUUGGGGGUGGGGGGGGGUGUUGGUUUGGGUAGGGUUUUGGGGGGGGGGGGGGGGGGUGGGGUUUGUUUGGUUUUGUGGGUUGGGGGGUGGGUGGGGGAUGGGUUGGGGUGGUUGUGUGGGGGGGGGGGGGGUGGUGUAUAUGGGUUGGUUGUGUGGGUGGGGGGGGGGGGUUGGUGGGAUGGGUUGA